AUGCCUGAUAACCCUAGUUAUCGCGAAGUGACUAAUUUGGCUUUAUUUCCUGUUCAACAGUUUCAAAACAAAAAGGCAUGGUCACUUAUCGAGAAACAAGCAAUAGCUAAAGACAUCGAGGGUCAUCGAAGGCAAUUGCAUCGACGAGUAGUCAGCGUCGACAUCGAUGAAAUCAAACGCCUGAUCGACCAAACCACUCGUCCUCGCAUAAAGCAAAAUCUAGAGCUUCAACAGCGCAAAUCCGAAAAGGAAUUAAUCCAACUUCAAGAGAAGCUACAGAAACAGCAACAGCAGCAACUACAACAACAACAGGCUGCUGCUCAAGCAGAACAAAAGGCAACCAGUGACAGCGCUCUACCAACAGCUAGUCGAUCAUAUACAAAGGAUAUAUCAGUCUAUGCUUGGGAUCAAACGGAUAAAUUUGUCAAGAUCUACGUUCAAAAUUUGGACGGUGUCGGCAACUUACCAGAAAACCAGAUUGCAUGUUCGUUCGAAAAACGUGGCUUUCAUCUACAAAUUCAAAAUCUAAAAAACAUCAACUAUUCCUUGAAGCGAAUCCGCCUUCUGUCUGACAUUCAACCAGACCAAUCCACUUGCAAAGUCAAAAAUGAUAUGGUCAUUCUGUCUUUACGAAAAGUCGAGUCGAAAAAUUGGGAAUGCUUUUUACAGGAUGAUAAGAAAGCGCCUACCAAACCGUUGCCGAAACUUGACAAGUCAAAGGAUCCGAAUGAAUCCAUCAUGGAUAUGGUGCAGGAAAUGUACGAAAAUGGCGACGAUGAUAUGAAACGAACCAUUGCGAAAACGUGGGUCGAAUCGCGGGAGAAGAUAAAUUCUGGCGCUGUCGGACCGCGUGAUAGGAUGAAUCCUGGCAUCGUCGAAACGCCCGACUUUACAAUUUAUCCACCUUAA